ACCACCUUUGGCAACCAUUUCCUUCAUCUCUCCAUACCUCUCUCUUAAUUUUUCUCUGCUUCUCCAUUUUCCCGUCUGCCUUUGUUGGUGUGUUUGUGCUCCCAAUAUCACUUCGUUUUCGCAAUUAGCUUCACCCCAUUUGCCAUUUGGUGGUGUUACAUCGAUAUAUAGCAACAAUGGACAGAGCAGAGCUCAGAAGGGUUUUCCAGAUGUUCGACCGGAACGGGGAUGGGCGCAUCACCAAGCAGGAGCUGAGUGACUCGCUAGAGAAUCUCGGAAUCUUCAUCCCCGACAAGGACUUGCACCAGAUGAUAGAGAAGAUCGACGUCAAUGGAGAUGGGUUUGUCGACAUUGACGAGUUCGGGGCGUUGUAUCAGAACCUGAUGGACGAGAGGGACGAGGACCCGGAGGACGACAUGAGGGAAGCGUUCAAUGUGUUUGAUCAGAACGGCGAUGGUUUCAUCACGGUGGAGGAGUUGAGGUCGGUGUUGGCUUCCUUGGGGCUCAAGCAAGGGAGGACAUUGGAGGAUUGCAAGAUCAUGAUAAAGAAGGUGGAUGUGGAUGGAGAUGGGAGGGUGAAUUUCAAGGAGUUUAAGCAGAUGAUGAAGGGGGGUGGAUUUGCUGCCUUGACUUCAAAUUAAUGUAAGUUUUAAUGGAGGAUUUGUUAGAGGAGAAGAGCUGCCUUUGUGUAAAGGAUUUAGAGGUCUCUCUGUGUAAUUUUAUGAGAACAAGAACAAAUUAAUUCAUUACUAUUGAUUUAUCUUGUCAUCUCUGGCCUUGAUUGAUAUUUAUUUAGUGAUGGUGACCUUCGUUAUUUGUAGGUAAUCUUCGUUACAUUUGUAAAAGAUCAUUCUUAGUGA